AUGCAAAGUCGUCGAUCCUGCGAAUUAACUCUCACCGAUCAUGUCGAAGUAUCGUCCCAUCGGAAUUUGAGAGUGCAUCUACUGAGCGCACUGCGUACACUUGGCUUCCGGAUACAAGGAUCGAGUUCAGCUCGCCUUACUCCCGCCGAAGAAGUUCCAACUCCACCGUAUAUGAGAGUGACUGAUGGUGUGAGAGCUUCGACCAGCUCGAAGAGGUGCUACUAUGAUGGACAC